GGCUGCAGCUGCAUCCUCACCCUCCAGCAUGAAGGUCUCCGCAGUUUUCCUGUGUCUGCUGCUCACAGCUACCACCAUCAGCACCCAGGUCCUUGCUCACCCUGAUUCAGUUUCUAUUCCAAUCACCUGCUGCUUUAAUGUGACUAAGAGAAAGUUCCCCAACCAGAGGCUGGAAAGCUAUUUAAGGGUCACCAACAGCCAGUGUCCCCGGGAAGCUGUGAUCUUCAAGAACAAGUCAGACAUGUUGAUUUGUGCAGACCCCAAAGAGAAGUGGGUCCAGAAUGCCAUGAAGUAUCUGGACAAGAAACUCCAAUCCCUGAAGGCUUGAAUCUUCACACCUGGAUUGCGAGACAGAUCCAGAGGAAAUCUUAUUUAUCUUCUCCACCCUUUUUGCCAAUGCAAAACACUAUUAUUUAAUAAUGGCAUCCA